AUGAAUCCAAUCAUAUAAGAUCUCUUUACAUAAAUUAAAGAAUUAUAUCCAUGUAAUAUAUUUUAUUACUUUAGAGUAAGAAUUGGUAGAAUUUCAUUAAAAAUUUAAAGAAGAUGAUGAAUUUUAAAAAAUCAUAAUGUAAACUAAAAGUACUAAAAGUCUAUUCGAAUCUACAGAUGAUCGAUCAACUUUGAUUGAUUAAUUAAGAAACAUUAUCAAUGAAACUAAAAUUGCUCAUAAGUAAUCUCUUCUUUCAGCUAAAUAGUUUGAAAUUGCCUCAUCUGAAAAAUAACAAGGUAUUUAUUUUGCAUAAUUCAUUUAAUUAGUCUUUAAUGAAAAUACUCAAUUGAAAAAUGAAAUUAUUUCAAUGGAAAAUUAUAAUUAUGCAUAAAAAAUUGAAUUAAGCUACUUUUAGGAAUUAUAUAAUAUUAUUAUAGAAGAAGAACAACAAAAGAAAAUAGAUUUCUUUGGAGCAAUUUCAAAGGAAUUUUAAGAAAUUUAAAUUUAAUUGGAAUAAGUUUCAAAUGUGAAACGCAAAAAUUAAAUAGAAAAUGAGGAAUUAAAAGAAAAAUUAAAAAUUAAAUAAUAGUAAUUUGAAAAAAGAAGGUAACAUUGUGAUGAAAGCAUUAUGAAAUUAGGUAAGGAUAAUAAAUAUGAAAUAAAAUAGAAUAGGAUAGGAAAGAAAGAUUUAUUAAAAUAUUUUAAGAAAUAAAUUUUAUAAACUAAAACUUUAAUGAUGAUGAGGAGUAGAGUGACUAAUUAGAGAAAUUGAAAAAAGAAGAAGCUCUUAUUGAUUUACAUCUAAAUCCUUAUCUAUAAAAAGAUUAUGAAUAUACAUAAUUAAUAGAAAAAUCAAAUAAAUUGUUUAGUUUAUAUAAUACAGAAGUGAAAAAAGUAAAAAGAUUACAUUUAUUAAAGCUUCUCUAAUAAUGUGAAGAUAAUUAAAAGAAAAGUUUAAAAAAUUAAACAAUAUCUGAAAAAUCUGACAUUUUUAUUGUUGAAUAAGUUAAAGAAGUAUAUUUAUUAAAUAUCAUAGUAUUAAGGAUUAUUGAAAAUUUUAAAAUAAAAAUAAGAACAAAAAUUAUAAUUAGAAAAUUUAAAGUCUAGUCAAUUAAAUAAAUUAUUUUGA